GUGUUUGUGUGUGUGUUUGUGUGUGUGUGUGUUGGCCUGCCGGUGCCUGGGGAGGACCAGCAAAGGAGUUGUGUUACACUCCCUGACAGACCUUAUACAUGUUUCAUCUGCUGCUCUCAGAACAGAAGCAGCCUUUGUUAUCUUAUCCAGCCCUCUCCUCUCCAGCCUGAGUUUACUGCCACUAGACCGCUCUUCACAGUCUGUCAGCCAGCCACCAAGCUGAUACAUAUCAACCAACAGCUGAGGAGCAGCAGAAGGACUUAGUCAGGCCCAAGAUAUCUGCUAUCAGGACUUCUCAGCCAGUCUUUCAAUCCAUUGGCUGGCACGCAGAAAGGGCUUUAAAAUAAACAAGCAGAGCUGAGGGGUCUGUGAGAGGUCCUCCAAAGAGUGCCACAGAUCUGAAAGGUGCCUCAUCUUUCUAGCCCUAAACUUCAACUUUUCUGCAGGUAAUAGCCCUUCAAGCUGCAGAAUUGCAGCAUUUGCAGAUCUUUCAACCAAGGAUCUCAAAAAAGUAGGUUUUGUAUUAUUAUUUUAGAACGCUAGUCAGGACCAUGAGUGACACUCUUAGGCCCCCUUCGCUCCAGGUGAGUGUCCCAAGCGAUUCUCCAGCAUACUCAGACGGAGGAGCCAACGCCGUGUCGGAUGGCUCUGUGCGAUCCAGCUUUUCAACCCCGACGCUGCGACGCAAGCGCUUUAAGAUGCGGCGCAUGAGGAAUGUGCCCAGCGAGAGGGAGCUUGAAAGGGGGCGGCUAACCAGCGGCCACCUCCCAACCCAAUCCUGCUCUGGCUCUAAGGAGUACCUCCAGCUGCCUUCCAUUGAGAUCACACCAUCCAGCGAUGAAGAUGCCACCUCUUCCUGGUCGCGCUGCUCCACACCCAGUGCCUCUCCACGACGCAAGCGUUUUCUGUUGAGGAAGUGGCUGAAGGUCCGACAGAAGAAGGAGCAAGUCAGUGAGAGCAGCAGCCAGCAGAGCAGCCAGCAAAGCAGCCAUGAAGAUGACAACACUCGCUUCUUGACUCCAUUUAUCCGAGAGGAGAGGUCUGACAGUGCAGCGGACAAAAUCAGCACUGCCAGUAACUCAAACAAGAGCACCCCCGCCUGCUCACCAGUCCUGCGUAAACGCUCGCGCUCUCCCACACCACAGAGCCAGGAGGGUGAGAACAUGGUGGAGAAGGGUUCAGACCACUCCUCUGACAAAUCCCCCUCCACGCCCGAGCAGGUCGUCCAGAGAACAUACUCCCUGCAGUCAGCAAGAAGCGGCGGAAAGAACUCAAAGUCUCACAAGCGACUUUCCAAAUAUGACAGACUAAACCUGAUUAAAAAGAGCCAAAGCUGGUACAACCAUGAAAGACAACACAUCCUGAGAGUGCUGAGCCCGACAUACAAGCAGCGCAAUGAGGACUUUAGAAAACUCUUCAAGCAGCUCCCUGACACAGAGAGACUCAUUGUGGACUACUCUUGUGCUCUUCAACGUGACAUCCUCCUGCAGGGACGACUCUACCUCUCCGAGAACUGGAUCUGUUUUUAUAGCAACAUCUUCCGCUGGGAAACACUGUUGACAGUGCGGCUAAAGGACAUCUGCUCAAUGACAAAAGAAAAGACCGCCCGCCUCAUUCCAAAUGCCAUCCAGGUCUGCACUGACACCGAGAAGCACUUUUUCACCUCAUUUGGAGCCAGGGAUAGGACUUACAUGAUGAUGUUCAGACUGUGGCAAAAUGCACUGCUGGACAAGCCCCUGUGCCCCAAAGAACUGUGGCACUUUGUACACCAGUGCUAUGGCAACGAACUAGGCCUAACUAGUGACGAUGAGGACUAUGUUCCACCUGAUGAUGACUUCAACACCAUGGGGUUCAGUGAAGAGAUUCCCAAUGAAGAGAAUGAGAUAAACAAUGACAACUUGUCUAAGAGCAGCACUGAGGCCAAGCCUGAGGGGAGCCCUCCUUCGCUACAUAAGAAGGUUGUCCCAAACAUCACCAUUCCUAGUCCAGGCAACCAUGACACACCCAUCACAUUUGACCUCCCAGCAGAAGAGUAUGCAGACUGCCUACCAGAUGGACAGCUGCUUGCUCUGCCCCUUUUGCUGGAAGAGAACAAUGAUACCAGCGGACCUGGUGGUCUUGUCCCCUCACCCUCUCUGGACUUCAACGACAAUGAAGACAUCCCCACUGAACUCAGUGACUCCUCCGAAACACACGACGAGGGUGAAGUACAGGCCUUUCAUGAGGAUCUGAAUGGCAGGCAGUACAUCAAUGAGAUCUACAAGUUAAGUGUAGACAAGCUCUACGCCAUCCUCUUCACAGAGUCGCAGUUCAUGAGUGACUUCAUGGAGCAAAGACGAUUCUCAGAGGUGGUGUACCACCCGUGGAAGACAGAGGAGGCUGGGAACCAGACAAGAGAGAUCUUGUACACCAUCUCGCUGUCCAACCCCCUUGCCCCCAAAACAGCCACAGUCACUGAGACACAGACUCUGUACAAAGCCAGCCAGGAGAGUGAGUGUUAUAUCAUCGACGCUGAGGUCAUUACACAUGAUGUGCCCUACCACGAUUACUUCUACACUCUCAACCGCUACAUGCUCACCAGGGUCGCCAAGAACAAGUGUCGGUUACGGGUAUCGACAGAGCUGCGCUACAGGAAACAGCCGUGGGGGCUGGUGAAAGGUUUCAUAGAGAAAAACUUCUGGAGCGGGCUAGCAGAGAACUUCCGGCAUCUAGAGUUGGAGCUGGCCAAGCUGGAGGAGAUCCUGGAGUCCCACCAGCUCUCUCCGAAGGCGAUAAAAAACUCCACGGUGAGGCGGAAGAAGAGGCCACUCCCCCACAUGCGCAGCCAGCAUAUGGACGAGGCGCUCAGCCCCGUUACUACGCCGACAGAUGAGGAAGUGAUUCAGAGGAUCAAACAAGUGGCAGGCUCCACACAAACCAGACACCAGAGUCCAGAGCACCAUCACCUGCCCGCAGGCCUCGCUCUGUACAGCGUCUCCAAACUGCUGCUCAUCAUCAGCUUUGUGAUCUGUCUAAGCCUGGUCCUGCUGGUGUUCCUCAACAUGAUGCUCUUCUACAAGCUGUGGAUGCUGGAGUACUCUGCACAGUCUUUAACAACCUGGCAAGGUCUGCGGCUUCAUGAAAGUAAACUGCCUCAGACACAGAUGGAGUGGGCCCAGCUCCUGGAGGCGCAGCAGCGUUACCAUGACGUUGAGCUGCAGAAGUGGAGGGAGAUUAUCAAGUCGUCAGUAGUGCUGCUAGACCAGAUGAAAGACUCCUUAUUGAACCUCCAGCGAGGCAUUGGUUUAAGUGAUUACAGCUCCGAGGCUGAGGAGAAGAGAAGUCACUAUCACUGACACAUCACCAACAAGGCCAUGCGGGCAUGCUGUGCAAUAUACUGUAGGACCUGUUUUGUUUGUGAACCAGUAUGCAGGCAGCAGCAAGACAAAGAGAGAGGACAGAGGGGGAGGAGGGACCAACAGGGAGCUGGUCCAAUAGACACAAAGAGUGGAACAGUCGUCUACAGUGCACAGAGCUUAGAACCCCCAAGAGGAGGAAAUUGAUGGACGGGAAGUUCCCCUAUCACACACAGGAACUGAGGUGUCCCCAACAUCACUGAAGCAUUGUGGGAAAAGUAGUGCUCCUUCUCUACACCUGUGGGAUGAACCGUUUCCUUCUACUCUCUUAUUUCUAAGUGCAUCCUACUGUAAGCCAUUUCGACCAGAGAGUCGCAGAGAGAAAGAAGGAAAACUACUGCAUGCAUUUAGACAACCUAGCUCCUCUCAGUCAGUGUUAUUGUGGUCCAGUUCCAGUCUGUGUGUCAAAAAAAAAGAAGAACAGAAGACGAGGAGAGACUGAGUCGAAGAAAGGGGGGUCUUUUCGAGUCUUAAUGGCUGUCUACACUCUCUAGACUGUUCCAAACCUAUCGUCCCCUGAGAAGUCCUGGCUGCAGCAUCCUUUUAGUAACCUCCAUGUGAUCAGAGUACAGUAUCGUUCCACAACCAAAAAGGAGUGUUGUAGCUGGGAGCUCAUCUUCACCAGUCAGUCCCUAUUGCCUUGUUUGAAGCUGGCCUGUGUUGUCUUCGUCAGGGCUGGUUCCCUGUUCGACUGUUGUGUUACAAUAUUUAUAAGUAGAAUCUAAAGACUGAUGCGACCUAAGCCAACACUUUUAACCUUACACCCAAUUUACAUGAUCAGUUGUCCCUGCCACAGUGUUAACUAGGCCUACCUUACGUUGCAUUAUUCCUCAUCCUUCUAAUGAAGUAGAAUGUAUUAGCCUGGACAAAAAGGCCAGAACUUAGCCUAUUCAUUUUUGAAAAAGGGAUGCUGCAGCCAGACCAAUAGGGAGACCUGUGUUCUUACAUGUUUUAUUACUAAACUGUGACUAUAUCUCUUUAAAUAUGUUUCAAAUUAGAAAGAAUUCUAUGAAUAUAUUUGAAAUAUAUAAGAAUAUUUCAUUAUUUAAUAUAUAUAUUUCAAAAUAUAUAAACAUUACCUAUAUUUAUUGUUAAUUAAUGUACAUAAAGAAAUUAUCAGAGCUCUAGACCAGUUAAGGAAUUUCUAAUGAAAAGUGUUUUUCUUCUAAAAAUGCAUGCCAGAUAUGUCUGUGACAUGUCCAGUGUGCAAGUAUGAUUCUGCAUUUGCGCGAUUAUAUUCGCGCAUGUGUGUGUGUGAGUGCGUGCAUGCGUGCGUGUGCGCACAAGUGUGUGCUGUAAAGUGUGACAUUUUUACCAUUCCACACUUGUAUGUUUCUUAAUUUUUCUUUUCUGGCUUCAGUGGCCAGAAUGCCUUUUUAAUGCUAAUGCAUUUGGAUGCCGCCUUGCAUUUGCCCCACGAGGGUACAGUUUACAAUCGAAGAGUUUUGUUCCAAAAUGACAUAUCCAACAUUUGAGAAUAAAGUUACACCUACUUUCACAAAAUGAUUGAUUGCUUAAAAUAUCAAUUCAUGUCAGUAUUUGACACAUACUAUGUAGCUAAAAUCCCUAGUUGACAAAAGGAAGAAGACAGAAUUGAUCAUCUAAAUUUGAAGAUUAACUUGAUUAUUUUUCUUAGCUAAAUGGAUAUAAAACAUUUUGGAGAUGAACCCUUCAUUUGCCCUCUAUGAGCAACUCUUUGUCCAUGUCACCACAUUAGUGGCUUGACGUCUCUAAAAGGAAUAGUUUUCAAAUUCACUUACUCACUUUCUUGCAGAAAGUUAGGUGAAGAUUGAUCCCACUCUCAUGUCUGUAUGUUAUAUAUGAAGCCACAGCCAGCAGGCUUAGUUUAGCAAGCAGCUUCCUCCUGUUUCCAGUCUUUAUGCUAACACAAGUUCCGGCCCUACCAUAGGCUAUAUUCAAGAAGUGGACAUCACCCAUUGGUCUUGAAGCCUUGAGUUUGGCAUUUAGUUUGUCGCCAUCUUUUUUUUUUUGAGCCCGAAGUCACCAUAUUUAGAUGAGAAGGUGGUGCUGGAGAGGAGCGCUAAGCAAAAUGCUAAAUUAAGAGCUAGCGCUAGGUAGCUAGCUUGGUUGGCAAAGUGCAUCUGUAAUGCUUAUUUUGGCUAGCAAAAAACAGGCUUAAAACUAAAUGUACUUACCGGGAAAAUGAACUUUCAACUUCUUAUUUUCUUUUAGUACAACCAAACGCUGUAAGUAAAGCUGUAAAGUAGGAUAAUUUUCUUAUAGAGUUCUAUAAAAGCCAACUUCUUUUUGCAACCAGUGGAGUCGACCCACGCCUGAGCUCUACUGGCUAACCUCCAGUUCGCUUGGCUAACAGGGAAAACCGCUCGCCUGGCUAGCAAUUUCCCCCUUUUUCCAGUCUUAAUGCUAAAGUAACCGUCUUCUGACUCUAGCUUCUUAUUUAGCGUGCAUAUAUGUGAGUGGUAUCAAUCUUCUGAUAUAACGCUCAGCAAUAAAGCAAAUAAGCAUAUUUCCAAAACUGUCAAACUAUUCCUUUAAAAACACCUACUUCAACCCAUAUUAUACUCUCCCCGAUUUCAAGUGUCUGUCUUGGAUGCAAUGAAAGCAUGAAAAUUAACUUUACGUAACUAAAUUGAACCAAAAGAAAAGUCAAAAUGUACCUUCACAAAUGAUCAUGUUGUUUUAAAUGAAGUAUUUAUCAUGUAUGUCAUGUAUUUUAUAUAUAUAUACUGGGUUAGGUGCGGUAAAGAGCAUCUCUUAAGAGUUUGUCAACAGAGAUCCCUGACAGCUGACAGACUUUAGUGAUGAAAGCACUUCUACAAAUAAACAAAACUUCCUUGUGUUAAAGAGAAGAGAAAUUGAAAGCCCUUUAAGGCCUUUUCAGAUAAAGCAUGAAAGAAAGAAAUGGCAGCAAUUUAGUUUGGAGGUGUUUGCAGGGCCGGGGAAAUUGUUUUUGUGAUGUUUUAGUUCAUUUGACAAUUGCACUGGUGAUUUACAAUUUCCAAACUCAUUAGAAAUAGUUGGAUUUUAGUCCUGCUGGAUUGUUGUGCAACAAAUUACUUCUGCUUGAAUGGAAUAUGUGUGCAUUAUUCUAUUCAACAUGUUCUUUCAAUGUCCAAAGCCUAAUCUAAGACUGAAACACGUUCUUGUCUAUUUCAAGGCAAGGCAAGAAUGAGUGAUUUGUAUGAGGGAAUUGUAUCUUUACUGAGAGCCUGCAUGGCGUGUUACUGACUGAUUUACUGAGAACAGCAGAAAAGCUUCAGGAUUGAACCCCUGCUGUGUGUGUGCAUAUAUUACAUUUUAAGAAGGCACUGAGUUAUAAUAACACAUGGGAACCUUAAGAGCUGAAUGUUAGUGGUUGGAAAUGUUUUCUGUUUUAUAGAAAUCACUUUCGCAAUCCUGAUGAAACUGAAAGAUUAUAGUGAAGUUACACUUCAUGGAUAUGAUGGUACAGGAAUGUAUAUAUAUAUAUAUAUAUAUAUAUAUAUAUAUAUAUAUAUAUAUAUAUAUAUAUAUAUAUGAAAGUGUGACUGAUAGGAUUUAAAGUGAAUGUUUUUCAAAGUGAAAGAUGAAAUCUAUUUUUUUUCAGAAGCUUGUAUUUCAUUUUUUGUUAAAAAUGACAACAUUCUCAUACUGUUUUGAAUGAAACAUGGUAAAUGCUUGAUUAAGUUGGAAGUACUUACCGACGUUGGUUUUAUUGACCUGAUUUUAAUCUUGGGACACUGACACUUUUAUUUCACUGUCAAAGCUGAGGGAAAUUGUUUAUAGAAAAGACACAUUUUAAUAUUGAACUGCUGUGAAACGCACAUCCUCCUCAGUCCAAAUUAGAUAGUCACUCGAGCCUCCAAGGAACUGUCACAGCGGAACUGAAUUUCAUUUCAUCAAUCUCCACAAUUAUGCAAAUUAAAUAUUUUUUCACCAUCA